GUUUGCGGAAAUGAGACGCACUGAGCAGAUGUCAUAUCCGUUCUAAUGAGAAGAGAAACCAGACAUUAUUCCUCCUUUUAGUCCUGGUUCGGUCAGACCAGACCAGAGACAGGUUGUCCUGGUCUUACGUGUUCUAUUUAUGAGCCUCCGAAGAGGUGUUAUGUCUGAGCUAGACGGAAUAUGACCAUAUUUCGGACCACGUUGUGGUGUUUAAGAAAGGGUACGUUACAGGAGGGGGGGACUAACGGCAGGGUCGCAUUUAUAUCAAGGUGCUACUUUUCUAUCCUCUGAAACACUUUUGAAAGGCAAGCAAGGACAACAAUGCUGCAGCUUGGAGAUGAAGUCAGUCUGUACUCCGUCGUCUUCGUCCUGGUCCUGCUGGGAACCCGAAGCCCGCUGUGGACGACCGCACUCACCGCUUCCCUUUACCUCUUUGUGGCCAUGUUUCGGUUCCCCCAGGUACCGUCCAGCCGAGCCCGGCAGGUGCUGCACCCCGCCAAGGGCAUGGCUGGCUCCGGCCAGGUGUCGGUGGUCGCUCACCGGGGCGGUGGGCACGACGCUCCGGAGAACACGAUAGCAGCAAUCCGGGAGGCCAGUAAAAAUGGGGCGACAGGCGUAGAGUUGGACCUGGAGUUUUCAGCAGAUGGCAUCCCGAUACUUAUGCACGAUGACACCAUAGACCGUACCACUAACGGGUCAGGACCGCUCAGGCAGAUGAAGAUGUGUGAGCUGGGCAAACUCGACGCAGCUGCUAAACAUCGACUGAGGGAAAAGUUUGCAGGAGAGAAGAUCCCAACCCUGGAGGAGGCAGUAGAGGAGUGCAUUAAGCUGCAGCUCACUAUCUACUUUGAUGUCAAGGGUCAUCCGGAUGAGGCAGCUGCAGCCCUUAAAGAGCUGUAUAAAAAACAUCCAGUCCUCUACAAUAGCAGCAUCGUGUGCUCCUUUGAGCCCAAAGUCAUCUACAGGAUGAGACAGAGCGACCCUGAAGUGGUCACAGCAUUGACCCACCGACCCUGGAGCCUGAGCCGGUUCGGAGAUGGGGCCCCGCGAUUCACACCACUAUGGAAACAUUAUUGGAUGACACUAAUGGACAUCGUGUUAGACUGGGCUCACCAUCACGUGCUGUGGAAGCUCUGUGGCACCUCUGCCUUUCUCAUACAGAAGAACUUUGUCUCACCGGACUACGUGCAGUACUGGUCCCAGAGAGGGGUGGAGGUGGUGGCAUGGACAGUCAACACUCAGGUGGAGAAGGACUACUACCAGGAGCUGCUGCAGGUUAACUACAUCACAGACAGCCUGCUGGAGGACUGUGAACCACAUUACUAAGAGGCAUACCAACACAGCACACAGUGUGUUCUCACAGGAUUAAGAAAUAUAACUCCUAUGAAAGGAUCAUCUCACUGUCUUCUAAUCAGUCAUUUUGUGGCAUCAAGUGCCACUCUUUUUCCACGUAUAAGCUUCUUUAUUUGAGUGAGUGUGUAAGUGUGGAUAUUUGAUUGAGAGGAUGAAACCGUCUAGGGGGGUAUACUACCAAACAGGGCAUUGAAGCACCUACAAAGGUAGAUCACUUCUUACCUGCAUAGAUCACUGCAGCUACUUAUGCUGAAUACCUCACCUACCUUAGAGCAGGUUGUAUUAAGAGAUUGACUUUUAUGAAACACCAGACAGUCAGGUGUGUUGAGAGCUCUGAGAGCUGAUCAUGGGAGAGGAGGAGGGAGACCGACAAACGCUUUGUGCAUCUCGUCUAAAUUUCUAUUAAAAUCUCGUACAUCAAUAGUUAUUUAUACAAUAAUCAUCUACAACAGAGGCUAAUUAAAGCUCUGAAGCUUUUACUUUUUGGCAUAUAAGAUAUGAAAUGAAGAAUACUUAUGGCUUUAAGUUAUUUUUUCAUAUUCACUUUAUACAAACCUCAUACUGUAGCACUUGUAUCAGUGAAGCUGCAGCUGAUCAGUUUUGUCUUAAAUUGUCAGACGCACCGCAUGAGAAAAAAAUUAGUUUAAGAGAAGAAAUUGAGGUUCCUAUCAGGGAUGUUCAGAUCUGUUGUGUACAAAUAAUAAUGAAGUGGUAUUGUAAGCCUUAAUUUGCACAUUCACUUUGUCAUUUUUUUUUCUUCCUGCAUAUUUUUGCUGCAGUUGGGCUGAUUUUAGUCUAGAACCUGUGUUUGACUUUGUGGUAUUUUUAUAUCAAAGUUACUCCCAAGCUGAGAAUCUACUGACAGCAGAAGUUUUUAUGCUAGUGAUGGGUUAAAUCUGACUAAGUCCCUUUUACCUGGCACACUCAUAGAAACUCUGGGUUGACCUAGAAUCUAACACUGUUCAGGGUGAUCUCCUUUGUCAGGGUCAGUGAAAAUUGGUACCCUGGGUAUGAACUCACUUCAUAGUAUACCCCUCCAUAAUGGCUGUCAUACUUACUAAGAAGAGGCCAAAUUGCAUGUUUUAUUCUGAAUGACUACUUUUUCUCAGAUGUGUUGAGGUACCUGACCUGCAUUGAUUUAAAUAUUUUUAAUAAGGCAGUAUGUUAAAAAAAAUCAAAUGUACUGUAUUGAACAACUCAGGACUGCAGUGUUAUAUAUAUAUAUAUAUUUUUUUUUUUUUGACGGUAAAAGCUUCUUUUACUGACUAUAAAGGCCUAUCAUGUCAUCCACUGUUUUCUAUGCAGAAAAGGCCAUUUGUUUCAAGUAAACUACCUUAAAUGAGAUUUUAUUGUUUAUUAAACUUAAAUUUAGAACCAGAUAUACGUACAUUUUAUAAGAGAAUGAACAAGAUUAGCAUACAAAUAGUAGUUUGAAUGCGGUCUUCAGUGGGUUUAUAUUGUAAAUACAACUCAA